UGAACAAACUAUAUUAUUUCACUGAAUCAAUCAAUGAUUGGAGAAUGUAUAUUCUGAUAUGUGUUGUCUCAUUCCGAAACUGAUUCCAUUUAUAGUCGUGAUCAGUUUUUGGCUUUUAUUGUAAUUAUGAGAGGAAUUUGAUGUCAAUGUUCUGCCUGCAGGGUACUUUUAUUGAGGGGAUUUCACAUCGUUCGUUUGCAGAAGCCUUGAGUGGCUGUCUCAGCAUUGGCUCUGUGUAUGUGAUUCGAGAGUUUGCAAUGUGUGAUCCGCAGGCUUCUUUUCGGGCAUGCAACUUCCAUCAGUAUUUGGUGAUCACUCCGGCAACAAAACUUGAGGAUGUAACCGCAAGUUCAAUUGGUUUCACUACCAAAUCAUUUCAGUUCACUGAAUUUAACUCCCUCCCUGCUCGAUCUUAUCGCUGUCCUUAUCUCACAGAUGUUGUUGGACGGUUGGUUUCGAUUAGUCAACCUGAAUAUGUAGAGGUCAAAGGAGGUAUUACUACUGUUCAGAAAGUUACCAUCAAAGAUCAUAGCGGGACUUGAUGCACGGGCCUUGGUUGACCUCGAUCGUAAUGACGCUGUUGUAUUGGCGUUUGGUGGUCUCACUAUGACUCAACUCCGUGGAGUGGUUAACGAAUCUAGCACUUCUAGCACACGUGUAGUUGUCAAUCCAUUUAUUCAUGAGGCUGAUGCUCUAAAACUACGUUAUGCCACUGAGGUUUGUUCAGCAAGGUAUAUCCC